GCCGUGGGGCAAUAAAAGAACUUGUCUUUCUCUGGCCCCAGGCAGGGCUUAGAAGGCGGAGGGAGAUGUUGAAUUCAGAACAAAUUUUGGUGUCACGGUGGGUGCUGGUGUCACAGAGGGUGCUGACGUCACAAUGGUAACCGGGAAAGCCGCAGUGGGCACUAGGAUACCCCCCGGGGACUGAGAGCACAGAGCAGGGUCCUCUAUCUCCCUGGAAUGGGCGACUGGAAGACGUACAUCAGCGCCGUACUGCGGGACAAGCGUAUAGAUGACGUCGCCAUUGUGGGCCAUUCAGACAACCGUUGCGUCUGGGCCUCGAGGCCUGGAGGCUUGCUGGCUGCCAUAUCCCCGCAGGAAGUGGGCAUACUCACGGGCCAUGACCGCCGCAGCUUCUUGCAGUCUGGGAUUAGCCUGGGAGGUCGACGCUGCUGCGUCAUUCGCGACCAUCUGCUAGAAGACGGCGAUGGCGUUCUGGACGCUAGGACCAAGGGACUGGAUGGUCGCUCCAUAUGCGUGGGACUCACACCCAAGGCCCUGCUGGUGCUCAUGGGCCGACGAGGGGUGCACGGGGGCUCUCUUAACAAGACUACUCACCAUCUUAUCAAGGGCCUGCGGUUCCAGGGUAUGUAGGAUUCCAGAAGCCAGCGUGAAGUGGAGGGAAAUAAAUAUAAAUGUAAUGUAA